AUGUGCAUCUCCUUAUCACUCUGCCCUUCCUUAACAAGUGGUUCUCAGUCGUUUACUUUUCACCGUAAUCUCCUCUCGUGUAGAUCCACACCAAGCAAGAACUACCCUUUCUUGAUUCGUUCCCGUCUUUCCAUGGAUUCAACCACUCCUGAAGUUGCCUACGAUUACUCUCCCUUCCUUCGCAUUUACAAAGAUGGCCACGUAGAGAGACUCAGGGGCACCGACAUCGUCCCUUCUGGAUUAGACCCCAAAACAAACGUCCUGUCUAAAGAUGCAGUCUACUCACCGGAGUUAAAUCUCUCUUCUAGACUUUACCGACCACGUAACACCAACCCUGAUAAAAAACUCCCAGUCCUAGUUUACUAUCAUGGCGGUGGCUUUUGCAUUGAAACCCCCUUCAAUUUUCGUUACCAUGAUCACCUUAACAAUCUAGUUGCGGUGUCUAACGUUAUAGCAAUCUCUGUUGAUUAUAGACUGGCCCCGGAGCACCCUCUUCCUAUUGCAUAUGACGAUUCAUGGACAGCACUUAAAUGGGUUGCCUCUCAUGUUAAUGGAGAUGGCCCUGAGGAGUGGCUAAACUCUCAUGCUGAUUUCGGUCAGGUUUUUCUUGCUGGAGAUAGUGCUGGUGCUAACCUAGCACACCAACUUGCUAUGAGGUAUGGUCAAGAAAAACUGUCUGGUAUUGACCUCACAGGUGUUAUCUUAGUACAUGCAUAUUUCUGGGGCAAAGAACCUAUCGGUACAGAGGGCGAGAAUUUGGAAACAAAAUCAAGGAUCGAUGCUAUAUGGCAUUUUGUAUGCCCUACAUCAAGUGGGUUGGAUGACCCUUUGAUUAAUCCACUUGUUGAUCCAAGAUUGGAUAGCCUGGGGUGCGACAGGCUGCUUGUUAUUAUUGGCGGGAAGGAUGUCUUGAGGGAAAGAGGAUG